AUGGCAGAUUCUGGCUUUGACGGAGUGGAAAUACACACCCCAACCCUCACAGCUGUUCACCCCAAAAUCAACCCUUCCCCAAGUCCGCCCCCAGACAUUCUUCCAUCUACACACAUCUCUUCAGCGGCCAACAACCGCGAGGAUGACGGGAGUCAAAAGACUCGCGGCGAUGCAACCCUGAUAGGGUCUCUUACGGGUGGUGACCUCGAGAUGGUGCGGUCUGCUAGUAAACAGGGUCUGCCCCCAGACCAGGACGACAAGGACGAGCCGCAGGUGAACGAUGUGUCGUUACAUUGCGGUCCAACUCCGAAAAAACUCAAAAGGCUCUAUGAUGCCUUCUCUGAAGCCUGUAAAAAAGAUGAUAGUUACACCCACCGUUCAACCCGACGGAGAACUGGACAUCAGUCAUGCCAUGAGAUAGGCGACGGCCAUCCCAAUGAGGGAUUGAACUUUUCGGAAGAUUUGCGGCUAGUUAUCCACAGAGACACUACGCCUCCCCUAGAAGAGGCCCCUCGAGUUACACAGGCUGCUUAUGUCAUUCACUUUGAUGCAUAA